GACCACACAGCAGCAGCAGCAGCAAGCAUCCAUCCAUCCAAUGAUCAAUUAAUUGAUCGAGCUGUAGCAAUGGCGGCGAGAUGGGUACUGUGGGUGGCGGUGGUGGCGGCGGCGGCGAUGGCGGGGGCGGCGGCGGGGGACUUCGCGGCGGACAGGGCGGAGUGCGCGGACAAGCUGAUGGGGCUGGCGACGUGCCUGACGUUCGUGGAGGAGAAGGCGACGGCGAGGGCGCCGACGAGGGACUGCUGCGCGGGGCUGGGGCAGGUGGUCGCCGGCAGCAAGAAGUGCCUGUGCGUGCUCGUCAAGGACCGCGACGAGCCCGCCCUCGGCUUCCGCAUCAACGUCACCCGCGCCAUGGACCUCCCCUCCCUCUGCUCCAUCCCCGCCACCUUCUCCGACUGCCCAAAGUUGCUGAACAUUUCGUCUGACUCCAAGGAGGCAGAGAUCUUCAAGCAGUACGCGAGGGAGCACGAGUCCAGCGACGGCACCAAGGCUGCUCCUGCCGCCGCUGCUGCUGCCACCGGUAGCGCGGGCACGGCGGCGUCCACGGGCGGCGCCGGCGACGGGCAAAGGCGGCGCAGCUCGCUCGCCGUCGCCGCGGCGGUGCUCGCCGCCGCCGUGUUCGGCCUCGCCGUCGCCUGAAGGGGGGCGACGGACGGACGGACAGCAAGACGGUCGAUCGGGACCGUACGUCUUGCUUUGAGAUCCGUGCUGACGACGACGCUCCAGCACCGCCACCGCCGGCAAGGCCAUGGCGACCCCGGUUGUACUGUCUAGUGUCUACCCAGCUGCCUCCUCCUCCUCCCUGUGCUGCUGGAGGGGCUUUCCAGGCUGGCCCUCUUUAAAUGUGAAGAAGCAGAGAUUAUUGGUUGUUGUUUGAUUAAUUAGUUGCCUGUCUGUUCCUAUUUUAAUCGGAUUUGUACUGUUUUUGUUUUAUUCCGUGGUUGUAUGGGUUGUGUUCAGGAGAUUUGCAAUGGCAGGGUAUGUAUGUAGUAGUAGAAGUUUACUUGACAAUGUGUCCUUUUUCUUGAAAGGUUCUCUUAUGAUAAUUUGCUAUGGGUUGAGGGAAAAGACCCAGUUCUUCUA